UCGCGAUAGGCUCCGUCGAAAUCAUAUCGCUUUUCGACGCCUUCUUAAAAGUAUCGCGACGCUUUCCCAAGUUUUCCGCGCCAAAGUGCAGCGUCAAUACAAAAUAUUGUAAACAUUUUAGCAAAACAAACUACAAAAUAAAUUCAAGGUGAUUACUAUUUGCAUUAUCCGAAUAAACUUGGUUUUAUCUUAGAAAGGAGCAAAUAAAUCAUACCUACUUAGAGUUUGAUAGAAAAAAAAAACAAAGUAUGUCCUGGUCUACAUUCGUACCAACAAAUGGACAACUUGCUACUGACGGAUGGUGGCUAAAUACAUGGCAAGAAACUUUCGGCUAAAUAAACAAAAAUAUAUUGGAAGAAUAUGUUACGAUUUUUGAUAAUCGCCAGCAUUAUUUGGGUCGCAAAUGGAAUGAUUUCCUGUGAAAACGACGGUUUGUUCGAAGAUAUCAUCAUAACAUCAUUUGUAGAUGAAAAUCGUUACAUUCGGCUAAAUAUUUCUUGGGACAAGCCAAAAGCAAAUUUUGCAAACUUUGAAAUGAUAAUCAACACUAAUUGUAGUGCGUUGUAUGGUGAUAGAAAUAUUUCAGUUAACCAAGGUUAUGUUAUUCAACCCAGCAUGGAAAGACUGAAACAUCCAGCCGAACCACUACAACAUGGAUGUGAGUAUGAUUUUGAGUUGCUCGCAGAAAUAUCCUACGCAAAUGAAACUUGCAUAGCGACAGAAUUUUUACAGUAUGCAAUACCUGAUUGCGUAGAUGAUGUUUGCGCAUGCGGUAUAGCAAACUCUCCUUACGUCUACAAUGAUUCUAUAUUAUUCACCGAUCAUAUUUAUAAAAUAUUUUUUAAUAAGACUGAUAGAAUCACGGACCUAACUUUAGAAGCUGUGUUUGAUAAGAUUUGGUACACAAAUUUAAAUUCCAAUAAGACAAUGUCGUUUGUGCAACCAAGCCAUAUAACCUUUGACAAUGCCAAUAAUGCAUUCACUUUACCUUUCCAAGAUUUUAGAGAGGGUAACACUUACAUAGUCAACAUUGAUCUGCUAGUAGAUAGUUGCGAUAUUCAUUUCACAACAAAAAUAGAAGUUCCUAAAGAUUCUCUCAUCGUUCUGCAAUCGUCAUCAUCGCAUGGCUAUCUACUAUACAUGGGAGCUAUUCUAGCAUUGUUUCUAACUACGGGUUUUACUGUGGUAAAGAUUAAACCUCAAUUCUUGGUUACACUGAAACGUUAUCUACCAUUUGCACCUGAUAGUUUGCCAGUAGCAUAUACGGCUGAUCCAACGUCUGCAGUUAUACCAAGACCAACGAAGGAAGUUAUCAAUUCUCAGUACACGCCUUUGGAGUUUAUAGUGAACUCCCACAAAUUCGAUCAAUUUGAGAUUCCAAGAAAUAGAGUAAAUAUCAAAAAUGAAAUUGGAGGUGGAGCAUUUGGAAAAGUUUAUAAAGCUGAGGUUUAUAAUCUUGACAACAAGGCUGGUUAUAUUUUAGCGGCUGCCAAAAAACCAAUAGAUUCUGCCCCAUCAGAGGAGAUAGCAGACUUCCUUAGGGAAAUAGAAACAAUGAAGAAAAUUUCUCAUUCCGGUGGACAUGCAAACGUCAUCAAGCUUUUGGCCUGCAUCACUAUCGACUCACCCUACAUAAUGGUUAUGGAGCUGGUACCUUGUGGCUCCUUGAAAUCGUAUUUGUCAAAUUUGAGAAAAGUCUGGGACGACCGGAAAAAAAAUCGAAACAAGAAAACUAAUAGACAUUUUUUUCCAGAUCACAUGAUUGUCGAAAAUUACCUGCCAGGAGUAACGGUGACAGAGAUUUGCGAAACCAAAAAGCUUAAAUACAGCGACUUGGCUUUUGACAACUAUUCUGGAAGUACUCAAAGUUUAGAAACAGACUCGUACAUAACCCCAGAUACUCCAAGUACUCCGGGCUCGCCCCUUGAACGGCUGCAGCCACCAAGAUUGCACGAUAGAAGAGCAACAAAAUCUAAUAAACGAAAGUUGUGUAGUAAAAUGAUGCCAGUUUGUGUGGCAGCAGCUACCCCUAUGAGUGAGAGUUCAACUAGUUCUAGUGGGUUACCGUCUGUAACGGAUACACUUUUGACCCCAUUGUACUUGGAGCCACCAACUCCAUUGAUUGAUUUGUCAGAAAAUAAGUUGGAGAGAGUAAAACCGGUAUUAGAUAAUAAGGAACUUCAAGAUUUCGCUCUACAAAUAGCUAGUGGUAUGGCAUUUUUGGAAAGUAUUGAUGUCACUCAUAGAGAUUUAGCAGCUAGAAAUAUACUAGUCAGCGAGAACAAAGUACUGAAAAUUUCAGACUUUGGUAUGUCUAGAACAGGUAUUUACGUGAAUACCGCUCAAAAAAGACAACCCUUAAGAUGGAUGGCACCUGAAGCCAUUGAAAGUAGAAGAUGCGAUAAUAAGACUGACGUAUGGUCGUUUGGUGUUGUCUUAUGGGAAAUUGGCAGUUUAGGGGCAUUUCCAUACAAAGACCUGAGCAACGAACAAGUCAUAGCUCAUAUACUUCAAGGAAAACGCCUGGAUAGGUCGGAAACGUGCACUGACAAGCUUUAUCAAUUAAUGCAGACCUGUUGGUACCAGAAUCCAGACGACAGGCCAAGAUUUGAAGAUAUUGCGAGACAAUUGGACACCAACAAUGGAAAGAUUUAUGUAGACUUCAGUAAAAUUUCUCCGAAAUAUGUUUUUCCGCCCACUCAGGAAGAUAUCGGUUGAUACUAUAAUCUAUGUGCUAUAUCCAUCAAAUAUUGAAGUUUCUGCUUCCUUACAUAAAAGGAUAGACUUGCCAACUAUUAUAUUUACCAAAUUAAUAGUAACCUAAGUAGUUAUAUUAGUUUUUAACUGUUUUUCAUGAUAUUAAUUUUAGUAUUAAGUGUGACAAUUAAUCAGAAGUGUUUUGUAGUCAUUGUACAACGUUAUUAUUUUUUUUAAUAAGUAAAAAAUUUUAUUUUCA